UUUGUCGCCCUGGCACAAACAACUUUCUAGCACGAUGAUGGCGCCGCUUUGGCAGCAGAUCUGGCAGCCAGCCAGCCAAAGUAGCGCGGAUAUUCAACGGUGCUUUGGAUGGCUGUCCAAAACAAGCCACCUGAUGGACGUGAUCGUGGGAGAUGGUUUCUUAGUGGCGAGCGCUCCCUCACGGCUCUCUUUGGAAAUCAAUUUCAAGGAUCUUUCGGCAGCUUUUCCUGGGCUGGAGCUCAGCAAGAAGAAUGCACCUCUGUGCCGGGAGAGCGUGGAGGGCGUAGGCUCUGUUGGCAAGGUGACUGCCAGACCGCUCGAAGAGGCGCUGGUGAAGUAUCUCGCGUUGUCAGAGGCCGAAAAGUUGGAAGAGGACGUGCUACUUCCCAAACUCAAGUCCUUUGUGCUGACCAUGGGCUGGCCUGAUGAGGAUGCAGAGAGGAUUGUUGGCUCCAGGAAGGGUAACCUGCUGCUUGGCCCGGCUAAGCCGGUUCGCUGCGAAGCGCUCUGUGCAUCCUUUGCGUCGGCGGUUCAAAGUGGUCCUCUUUGUGAGCAGUCUGUAUGUGGAGUUCGUUUCGACGCCGAUGGCAUGGCUGCUGCCUCUGACUUCCGCGCAGCGCUUCUCUCGGCGCAGCCAGUGCUGCUGAGGCCGAUGGCAAGAGUCAACCUGCCGCACUGGGGUCUCUAUCAACAGAUGGAGCAGAGGACGUGGUUCUCCCCAAUUGAUUCCAGCGAGGGCUUGCCCGUCGGCUCGCUGCCCUUAGACAAGCUGUGGGACUUUCCACAACUGUCCAGCUGGGAGCUGCUGUGGUGGGACAAGCUGAGUGGCGAUGUUGAAGCUGUCCAGCAAGUACGCCAAGAGAAAGGCCUGCCUCUUGUGCCGCUUUGACCGCCUUGUACAAUGUACAGUGUGGGAUUCGCGAGGACAAAGCAGUAACCAUGUGUUGGUGGUUGUUUGGGACGUUCUUGUUUACCAAACAAUCACUUUUUUAUUUGUUUCGCUCCGCACACCAGCCUCGCAUAUCCGCCGCACGGGAUGGAUGGAUGGGUUGGAUUGGAUUGGAUGGGAUGGAUGGAUGGAGCCCUCCCCAAACGCGGGCGGUGCAGGGGAUGCAUGCGACGCACGAAACAACAACCAUUUCGGCGGGGAAGGAUUCCAUAUGAACACUGGACUCUCCUUUUGAGCCGCCUAGUCUGCAGCAAUCCUACGGACCCGCCAGAAGUCAUGA